GCCAGAGUCGAUACAAUUUUUCCCGCUAUUUUCUAAAUGAGUGAGCAGCAGAAACCAAAAACGGCACUUGUGCGAGCAUUUAGACCAUGAGUGGACCGAUUAGUAAUUGGAGACCCUUAGAGAGUGAAAGCCGCCUGACCUUGCACUUGAUUUGAUAAAGUAAAUAGUCGGUCAAUGACUGCAUGUUGUCUUGUAGGCGCUGCUGACGUCGCGAAAUCUUGUUUUUGUUUGCUUUUUUGGCAGCAUCUCGUGUUGUUUUGAUUCUUUGUUUGUCGCGUGUGCGGUUGAGCAAAAUUAUUCUAAGUAUAGUACAUAUUGGACGCUGACUAAGUUUGAACUCCCCCACAGCAGAGUCCACCAGCCAUGUCAAAGGAUUCGGACAUAGAGCAGGCGGCGGUGCCCGCAAGCGAAACCAAAGUGGAGCCAGUAGCCGCCACGCCAGAGGAGCAGCUAACAUCCUCCGGGACGACCACUGCAACGCCAGCCAGUACAGUGAUCUCCGUGACGAAUGGAGGAGGAGCAGCAGGAGGAGGAGAGAAGGCUGCCGCUGGGACCGAGAAGCCUCCCCAGCAGAUGACUGCCGUGCAAGUGGCCGCUGUGGCAGCAACGGCUACAGUAGCAGCAGAACAAGUGCAGCCAGCAACAACCAUUGGAGGCAUUGAAUUGGCAGCCAGCAAAGGCGGCACCAAAUCCAACAUGGAUCCGGCGUUGAUCAACUUUAAGGUGCUGUACGUACUGACGCAGCUGUGCGGCCUGACAAUGAUCGUGCUGGUGGGCACCUGGAUAGGCCAGCACUUUGGCGGACUGGGUGGCAGCUCUAAUCCCAAGCUGGAGUUCAACUGGCAUCCGCUGCUCAUGACCAUUGGCUUCAUCUAUCUGUAUGGCAACUCCAUUCUGGUGUACCGCGGCUUCCGCACCACGCGCAAGAAGACCCUGAAGCUCACCCACGCCGGCAUCCAUAUGGCCGCCUUCGUUCUGACAGUGAUUGCCCUGAAGACGGUCUUCGAUUCGCACAACCUGAACAGCCCGCCCAUACCCAACCUGUACUCGCUGCACUCUUGGCUGGGCCUCUCCUCGGUGAUCAUCUUCGGGCUGCAGUACGUGGCCGGCUUCGUGGCAUUCCUCGCUCCGGGCCUGCGGGAGAACUACAAGAUUGCCAUGAUGCCGCUGCACAUCUACUUUGGACUGUUUGGCUUCGUUCUGGCCAUUGCGAGUGCCGUCAUGGGCAUCACCGAGAAGGCAAUCUUUGCCAUUACUUCUCCACCGUACUCCACCUUGCCAACUGCUGGUGUCCUGGCCAAUGUAAUUGGCGUCCUGUAUGUGGUAUUUGGUGCUCUUGUCGUUUACCUGGCCACGGAGCCCUCGUACAGGCGCAAGCCCAUGCCCGAGGACACGGCUCUGCUGAGCUCCAACGCUGGCAAUGAGUAAGGCACUCAGCGAUUGCGCGACCCCAAACCAGCAGCAGCAAUGCUUAUAUUUACGCUCAAAACUGUGCACAAAACCCAAACGAAACGGAAACCUGAUACCAUGUGGUGCUCUGUUGAAGAUUCAUGCUUCAUGUUUAUUUUUGUUGAGAUGUCUUGCAUGUCUUACCCCAUAGAAUCUACCAUACAUAUGUAAUUGUAUACCCAAUGUGACUAUGUGUAAUGGAAAGCUAUCCCACAUACUUAUACACAGAUUACCAGUUGUGAAAAGGCGUACUGUACUGUACUGCACGUCUGCGAGUGCUCAAAUCUUAACGUAUUUAACCUUAUAUAGAAAGGACAUUUGCUUGCAUGUUAUAUAUAUAUAUAUAUA